AUGUCCACCGCAACUUUUUCUGUUAAGGCGUACGCCUCCCGUAACGAAAUGUUCCACUCCAGAAAUAUGGCAUUAAAGGUCAAAGGAGAUUGGGAGGGCCCAGCAAUGCAGGCCGAUGAAGACGUCGCUGCCCUGCCGGCGAUUCUGCAGGAGGCAUCGGACGAAGAACUCGAGAAAUGGAGAAAGAUGACCCAUAUCUACAAAGACCAGCACGUCGCCUACGACGAAGACGCCGGCCAAUAUGGGCGGCAAAACAUGAGGUCAAGCAGGGUGCCUCCGAGGCAGCACCAGGUAUUUGGUCACAAGACUCAAGAGGCUUUGUAG